GUCCCUGCUGCCCAGCCCCUGCUGGCCUCUCUGUGUGCACAGCAGGUCAGGAUGGGGAGGUGCCUGGUGCCCCGUCUGCCUGCCCUCCCUGUGUGCCUCGCCGUGGUCCUGCUGCUCAGCCCCUGCUCAGCUGAGUUUGCUGUGGUCGGACCCCCCGAGCCCAUCCUGGCCAUGGUGGGUGAAGAUGCAGACCUGCCCUGUCACCUGUCCCCGAAGAUGAGCGCUGAGGCCCUGCAGCUGAUGUGGGUGCGACCCGGCCGCAGGCAGGUAGUGCACGUGUACGCACACGGGCAGGAGGAGACGCCGGCAGAGGAGUAUCGAGGGAGAACUUCGAUUUUACGAGAGGACGUCACUGCGGGGAAGGCCGCUCUCCGGAUUCACAACGUCAGCGUCUCAGACAACGGAACCUACCUGUGUUAUUUCCAAGAUGGAGGCUUCUAUGCAAAAGCCCAGGUGGAGCUGCAGGUGGCAGCGCUGGGCUCUGAUCCCCACAUUGGCAUGAAGGGCUACGAGGCUGGACGGAUCCGUGUGAACUGCACAUCUGCCGGCUGGUACCCGCAGCCCCAGAUCCACUGGAGAGAUGCCAGGGGACAGAGAUUGUCUGAUGAGCUGGUCUCAGAGGCUGCAGACCCCCAGGGCCUUUAUGCAGCCUCAGCAUUUGUGAUCCUAGAAGAAGGCUCUGGGGAGGGGGUCUCCUGUGUCAUCAGAAACCCCCUGCUGGGCCAGGAGAGGUCAGCCAGGCUUUCCAUCCCAGGUCCGUUCUUCAGGGACACACAGCCUUGGAUGGUGGUGCUUGCAGUGAUGGUGCUGGUUCUAGGGCAGCUCCUGGUCGGGGUGGCGUGGUUGUUGCGCCAAGGGCGGAAGAGGAUCCAGGACGUGUCCCAGGAGAGGGGGAGAGCACGAGCUGAGAGAGAAGCAGCAGAAGCUGAGAGAAAAGCAGCACAAGCUGAGAGAGAAGCAGCACGAGCUGAGAGAGAAGCAGCACGAGCUGAGAGAGAAGCAGCGCGGGCAGAGCUGCGGCGGGAGUGGCAGCUGCAGGGAAGUGUCCAAGACAGGCUGCAGGAUGCGCUCCGGCGGAGAAAGCCCAGGUACCGAGCACCUUUGGACCGGGACCUGAAUGAAGACCUGUGUGAUGGGCCCGUCGGGAGUCCGGCCAGGUCACGUGCUACCUCGUACUCCUGUCCCAGUUCGUUACUUCAGUGAGAUCAUCCUGGGCGCCCAGGGCCUCCCCCCACCGUGGGCCCAGGUUGCCAGCUGGGACCCUCACAGCGCACAGCACACGCCACGCCUGCCUUCCAGGAUCGAGGCCGAGGCUCCCUCCAUGAUUCACUUUUUUGAGCCACGAACAGGAUGUACUUCAAAUUCGGGCAGGGGGUUCCCGAAUCUAGCUGGAGGAGGUUCAUGAGGUCCACGGGACUGGAGGAGAACCACCUUGUCAUCUGUGCGCACGAGGCCCCGGGGACCCUGACGGAGCAGCCCCACAGGACGCUGCCGCGCUGGCGGAGCGAACUGCGUGGCUACUGAAAAGCGCAGGGGCCCAGACAUAGAAUACGUGGGCCCGUUUGCCUGACGCCUUGUUAAGUGGGGAAACUGGUGCCUGACCAUUACCCGCACUACAAUGACAAGAAGGGGCUUUUAAACAACCCCCCGUGGACACGGAGGUAAGGGGAGAGGGUGCAGGACCACAGAACAUGGAGAGUGAGCGACAGUGUGCUCGCUGACGUGUAGUUCCAAUGAGCCUGCAUGUCCGCUGGCCCCAGGGGCGCUGCAAGGAGGCGCUGCCUGCGACAAAGCCCCAGAGAUGCCCGGGAAGGAGGGACACGAUCUGACUCUGCAACAGGGGUCCGUGCGGUCCGGAGAGCCCAGGUCUGUGCUGUUCCUGCGACAAGGAAUUCAAUCCGGGCUCACUCUCCCCCUCCCCCAGAACACGAGGGGCCGCCCUCUGAGGGGUCCACUCAGGAAGGCUCUGCACUCGGGGUCACCGGGCACCGGUUGACUGUGUGAGAUUUGGUGUCAUUAGUUUGUUUCCUGAAGUGUCGUCUCCAGGGCCACACAGCUGACCCCCAGACUGUGCGGCCAGCAGAAGGAACAGAGCACAAAGGGAAACGCAAAGCCUGAUGGUCGUGCCCGGAAAGGAGCACGGGCGAAAGCCGUUCACAAGGGGUGGGGGGCUGUCGGCACCCUGAUUUCUCAUGUCACAGGUCAGCUCCGCCGAGGCCGCCGACUGUAUUUUCACUCCCUGGGUGGGAAACACUGGACCAACUCUGAGCCUGAUGCCCACGCUGGCUCGUAGCAGAGGUGUGAGGGUUUCCUGUCCCUGUCACAGAGGGGCAUGGCUUCUGUUCAUAAAGUCUGGUUUCGGGGGUCCCCAGGUCCUGAAUCCUCGGGUGUCAUGAGCUUGAGUCCCAUCCCUGUUUGUCGACUCGGUCAGGGGCCACGAUGCCCGGCCCACAUUCUCCCAGCUGAGCUUCUGUGAAGUCCCCUGGGUUCGGGUGGCCUUCCAACCCCCCACCUGCAAUUGGGGGCCCCUGCGGGUGGCCUGAGGGUCAGAGCUGAUGGGUCUGCCUGGCGUCCCCAUGGCAGACGCCCUCCGAACAAGAGUCAGCUCAGGUCACGUUCAGUCCCCAGCGGUCGCUCCCUAGAGUAGGACAGAUCCUGGGGACACAGACCCCUCCGUCCCAGCACCGCGUGCCCCCCACAAAGCCCUUGGCAAUGGCAUUCCUGCCCCCUCUCGGGCCGUGUGUCCUCUGUCCGGGUUCCUGCGCCGUGACGACGCUCUCCUUUCAGACGAAGCAGCUUCUGCAGUCUGCUCUCGUCCUAAGUA